AUGUUGUUAUUGAUCCCGCACUUCUCUUCAAAUCCCAACUUUGACCUUGAAAAGAAGAAUGAAGAUAAGGCUGCAACCACAAAUGGGCAAGAAGAAAAGCAUUGUGACACUGACAGCUCGUCGCCUGACGUGUCGCAACAAAACACUCACGAUAGUUCACCAGAAAGCGACCAGAAGACGACAAGCGCUUCAGCAUUGAAGGAUUUCGCCUCCACCGUACUGCCUUCAGUUGGUAUUACUCUUAAGACAUUGUUAAUCCCACGCAAGGAAAUUUCAAGCCCGUCAAGAUCAGCAACAGACGAGACUCAUUCCAAGCCAUCUCACGUCAAAGACUUGAAUUCUACCAGGUUUGAUAACAAGGAUCCCAGGAGCUACACUCCCCGGUAUAACUUUGAAGAUGAUAGCAUCUGGGACAACAGCAAUUCCGGGAGCUCCAGCAGUUCCGAUCGGCAAAGAACUGGAGAUUUCUUCCAUGGACAAUUGGAGCCGUCUGAUGUAACUACUGUUGAAACUGAUAGAGGUGUCGUUGAGAUCACAAAUGGCAUGAACCAGCUCACUCUUUCUCUAGACAUUGAUGGUACCAAUGCAGAUCCAAUAGAAAGGGCGACCGACCUACCACCGCUGGUGGAACUGUGGUAUGAUUUCCCUUCAGGCAACAUUCUUUUAUCUGUUGACGGCAUUGCCACACAUAAAAUUCCUUUGAAUGAAGUGCAACAGAUCGUCAUGGGGAGAUCUUGUUACCACGCUCGUUCGUUUCUUUUUGGCCGCAAUCUUGCCAAUUGUCAAGUAUCUCUUGCGCAUAGACCCAACGUCCCAAUCUCGCUGACAGGGAAUGCGCAGAUCCGUUCCAAGUGUUUCAAGGACUGUCUGAAAGCUGGUACUAGACCUGUCAAGUUCAUGCAAAUCAAGGGGCGAGAAGCUGAGAAAGCAAGAAGAAUACUCAGCAUGCGGUUUUUCAACUGGGACAAAAUGGUGACUCCUUGGCCUUAUGACCACAAGGGAAAGCCAACUGAGGAAUGGGAGCCUAUUAUUCCUUUCUUGGUGGUUUUGGACCCACUAAAGCCCUCAGGCCAAAACGGAGGUACACAAGUAUAUUGCAAUCGUCAACUUCGCGAGAAACGAAAAGUAGUGAUUGUUGUUGCAACUGAAAAGUUUCGACUAGCGAAAGCUGUGAUGAAAGAUUUAGUCAAAUAUGACUUUGAGUCUUCAGCACACUUUGAGGUCAAAACCGUAAGUACCGAAGCUGAUUUCAUGACAGCAAUGAACGGAGUUCGAAAGAAGGAGAAAGCAACAACUCCCCAAAAGCCCCCCUCUUCCGAGACAGAACGCCAGGUUGAUCUUUCGGCAACACCAGCUCUCACUCGAUGA